AUGGUGUUCAAGAAGGUUCCGCGCAUCGAUCACAUGCGCGUGUUUGGUGCGCAAUGCUAUGCGCAUGUGGCGAAGGAGAAGAGAAAGAAGCUGGACGACUCAGGCGUGCGAUGUUUCUUUCUCGGCUAUGAGAAGGACCAAAAGGCGUAUCGGCUUCUCAACGCGGACGAUGGCUCGAUCGUGAUUUCAAGAAGCGUCACGUUCGCUGAGCAUUCUGUCACGAAAGCAUCGAAAAGCAGAGACACGCAGGUCUUCGAUGUCAUUGAAGAAGAUGAAAGUGUGGAGGCGUCGCUAACCGAUGAUGAAGACAUACCAGCGCCGGUGACCGAAGAAGAGCUGCGCACCCCACCACUUCGAGCGCAGAACAGCUCUCAUCACGGACCAAGUGUUCGACCAAGCGACACCAUUCCUACGCGCGCAUCCAGCACACCCGGAAGAAAUGGAGAAGAAGAGUGGAUGGUGCGACCGGUUCGAAAGAAGCGCGGCGUGGUUCGCUACGAACAAGAAUUUCCAAGCCAUCGUCGCGGUCGCUUCAAUUUGGACGACUACGAAGGUGACUUCGACUCUUUCUACUGUUUCUCGGCUGAAGAAGAUGGGGAACAAGCGUCCAGCUAUCGAGAAGUGAUGAAGAGCGGCUACAAGGAGCAGUGGCUCCAGGCAAUGAAGAGUGAGAUGAAGUCGCUUGAAGAACACAGCACAUGGAAGCUAAUGGACAUGCCACCGGGCAAGAAGGCCGUUGGCUGCAAGUGGGUCUUCAAGAUUAAACGCGAUCCAAGUGGCGAGAUCAUCAAGUUCAAGGCACGCUUGGUUGCGAAAGGGUUCACGCAGCUGUUGGCGAUCGCUGCAGCCGAAGACCUGGAAGCAGAAAACGUUGAUGUCGACACAGCGUUUCUCUACGGCGAAGUGGAGGAGGAGAUCUACAUGGACCAACCUGACGGUUUUGAAGAUGAAGGAAGCCCGAAUAAGAAGUGUUUGCUGCAGAAGGCGCUAUACGGGACGAAGCAAGCGGCGCGGCAGUGGAACAACAAGUUGAGUCAGCACUUGGUUGAUCAAGGAUUCAAGAGCAGUACAGCGGACCCGUGUGUUUCGUUCGAGUGA